AUGAAGCAGAUGCCCAAGUCGCCAAUGAAGAAGAAGAAGAUCACUUGUUUGUGGAAACUAUUCUUUCAACCAAAAAAUCUGUUUUUUUGGUUGAUUGACAGUGGUUGUACAAACCACAUGACAUAUGACAGAAAUCUUUUCAAAGAGUUCACGUCUAUAGGAAAUAAGAAAGUCAGAAUUGGAAAUGGUGAUUAUAUUCUUGCUAAAGGAAAAGGAACUGUUGCAAUCCCAACAAAUUCAGGUACUAAGAAAAUUUCAGAUGUUCUUUAUGUUCCUGAUAUUGAUCAAAAUUUAUUAAGUGUUGGACAACUAAUGAAAAAAGGAUUUGAAGUAUCCUUUGAAGAUAAAUACUGUUUCAUUUAUGAUGCAACUGGACUUGAGAUUUUAAGGGUUAAAAUGAGAGGUAAAAAUUUCUCAUUUGAUCCAACCGAAGAUGAAGAAUGGAGCCAAAAGAAUCUACUAAGUGCAGGUAAUUCUCCAACUGAGGACAUAUGUGAAAAUAAGAAAGUUGACAAGUCUCAAGGCAAGAUGCAAAUGAAGCUGAAAAACGAGCCAACUUAUUUCAUUAACAAUUAUGAGAUGCAGCAAAAUACAGAAGUGAACUCGAUUCACUGCAAGUCCAAAGAUCAAUUGGCAGAUUUACGUACAAAGUACGCUUCCAGUUAA